GCUGGAAACCACAAAUAUUUUCCCAGUUAACCCUCUCGCGUUGCCUCUUCCUCUCUGGUUUAGUUCUCCAACAUAACAUCAAAUCAUAACCCGGACAGGUAGCUCUAAAUUCGGUAUCGCUUUCCUCACCUACUGAUAUGAAAUUGCUAUUCCGACUAUGUACAUAAUAUUUUGAUAUACAUUUGUCCAACGAGGUAGAGGCUAGUCUGAUGAGGGGGCUCUCCAGAAAGGCAGGAUGCAACAGAACAGGAACAUCCAGAUCAUUGAAUGGGAGGACCUGGACAAGAGGAAGUUCUACUCCUUCGGGGUAUUCAUGACCAUGACCAUCCGGGCCACCGUCUACCCGGCCACCCUCAUCCGCACCAGGCUGCAAGUGCAGAAGGGUAAGUCGCUCUACAACGGGACCUUCGAUGCCUUCUUCAAGAUCCUGCGGGCCGAGGGCGUGCGGGGCCUCUACCGCGGCUUCAUGGUCAACACCUUCACUCUCAUAUCGGGCCAGGCUUACAUCACCACCUACGAGCUGGUGAGGAAAUACGUCUCCAACUAUUCCAAGGACAAUACCGUCAAGUCUCUGGUGGCAGGUGGCGCGGCGUCCCUGGUGGCACAAACCAUCACUGUCCCCAUAGACGUGAUUUCCCAGCAGCUGAUGAUGCAGGGCCAAGGGAAGCACCUGACUCGCUUCCGGGUCAAGGUCAAAACGGAGUCUGACGGGAAGACAAAAAUGGCAUUUGGCCAAACCAGGAACAUGAUUGCUCAGAUCUUUGCGGCCGACGGUUUCCGAGGCUUCUACAGGGGAUAUGUGGCCUCCCUUCUAACAUACAUCCCAAAUAGCGCGGUCUGGUGGCCUUUUUAUCACUUUUACGCAGAACAGCUAUCCAAAAUGGCGCCCAGUGACUGCCCUCAUCUACUACUCCAAGCCAUGGCCGGACCACUAGCUGCUGCGACUGCUUCCACUGUCACCAACCCCAUGGAUGUGGUCAGAGCUAGAGUGCAGGUUGAAGGCAGGACCUCCGUCAUGGAGACUUUCAGGCACCUGCUGGCAGAGGAGGGAUUCUGGGGGAUGACCAAAGGGCUGUCUGCACGCAUCAUAUCCUCCAUUCCCACCGCCAUCGUUAUGGUCGUGGGCUACGAAACCCUCAAGAGAGUGAGCCUGAGACCGGAGCUGGUCGACUCCAGACACUGGUAGAGGACAUUAGCACCCAAUUCCAAAUCGACCCCUAGCCCAAACCCUCUAUGCCCAGGUUAGGGGAUAGGUUUUACCAAUAUGGAAAUAGCUACACAUUUCUCACUUGAAUUUUCACCACAUUGUCUAUACAAUCAUAGUGGGUAAGGGACACAGAUGGAUUUGGGAUUAGAAAUGGUUGUUGUGGCCCUGAUUCCAAGUUGGCCUCUAGAGCUCCCCUGACCUCACCGCUACAUAGGUGAUAGCAAUAGAGCACAAUAUUGGCCCAGGGACUGAAAUGGAACUGGGCCAACAAGCUCUGCCUGCUUCUAUUCCUUAAUGGCUUCCUUGUCCUUAUCAUUUUGUUUGCCUUUUAAAUUACUGCUGCCUUUUAGUGGGGAUUUUUAUCUUAAAUUGUAAGUGAAUGAAGGAACAGUAGUAUGUCAUUACAAUGUGUAAUUUGUGACCGGUGCUGAGCGAUUAACUGAUUAACCGUUAUUUUUCAUUUUUUUUAAGGAACUAAUUGACCAAUGUCUGGUGAAUUAUUUGAAUUCCAUUUAGUUGUUUUUUUGUCUGAGCGCUAUGCACAGUUUUUCUAGCGAUAAAUCAGAUCAAGCCCGAACUGUGCAAUGGAGUUGUAGUUUCCAUAAAAACAUGCCGUGUUUACUUUGAAGAACUACUCAAAUAGUGAUUUUGUCAGACAGCAUGGGCAGCAGCUCUGUAAAGAUGACAUGACUUGGAAUGAAAUAAAGACAUCAAAUAGGCUUAAAACAAAUGAAAUAUUGAAUUAAAAUCAUGAAUAAAUGAUGCUUAAUAAGUGAUAAGCGGUAAUGGGCAGUCACUACUGUCAUGGGACUUUUAAUUGUUUCAUUCUGUGUUACAGUAUUCAAACCACAUAAUGCGCAGUGCAUUUCAUGUAAAAAAUCAAAUUCAAAUGAAAGAAAACGUCAUUUAAAAAAAAUAAUCAAACCAAACCGACUUCAAAAAGUAAUCGCUCAGCACUAGUUGGUUCCUUCGGUAUAAACACUGGACUGAUCCAUCACUUCUAAUGUAUUUCUACUGUCUUAGUAAUAGGAUAGAUGCUCUUCAAUCUGUUUAUAGCUGCCCUCUGUAGCCUUUAUCAGGUUUAGUUCUAGGAGGUAGCAACAGCAAAUUACAUACACAAGUUCAGCUCAAAAACACAAAACAAAACAUCCAAUUAUGGCACAUUUUCCUCUUCUUCUUUGACUUUUCACUUGCAAAGACCCUCCCCUUUAGUCCUCCCAACCGAAUCUCGUCCACCCAGCCAGCUCUCUAGCAAUUGAGCCUGGGGUCGGACAAGGUUACUCCCAGCACAAAAUAAAGUAGCUGGUAAAUGAUAUAAUUAUUAUAUUAGAAGUAGCACAUGUAACUUUGGGGGUGUUUAGGGCAGCCAUCUUAUUGUGAAUUAAAUAAAUAUGUGAUGUGAUCCUGUAAAUGAUACUGUUAAAGCACAUCGUUUCCAAUUGUCUUCACCUCAACUCCAAUAUUCAAUAGUUUGACCCUGGUAUUUACCAUUGCUGCUGUGGCAAUAUUAGCAAUAUUCAACUAAUGUGGUACUGAACAAUCACGUUUGUUGGCCAAUUGUGAAAUGUUAACUGUUGUAGUUUAAAAUGUUCAGUAAAUUACUUUUCUGAUGGUUUCAGGGUUGGUAUUUGGGAGGGAUUUGUUGUUAGUGUGCUGGACCACCAGUGAAGUGCUCUUUAAAGGAAGCCAUGUGAGAUGAGGACUCCAGGCAGAGAACAAGAUGAGGCAUGUCCCUUUAUGUAUUGUGGCAGUAAACCUCUGAGUGCAAUCUAUGUAUUAACUUAAUCACUUCCAGCUCAAAUGUGUGGUUGCACAAUGUACAUUUCUUUGAAUUUGUCAAUAUAUUAUUGUCUUAAAAUAAAAUGUUCUGAAGUUAUUUAUUGGAGAGAAAAAAAAUGUAUUUUGAUAUUUCUCUGGACAAUAGCAAAGGUUCAAACGAUACUGAAGAAAAAUAUAAACGCAACAAUUUCAAAGAUUUUACUGAGUGACGUGACUGGAAAUACAGAUAUGCAUCUGUUGGUCACAGAUACCUUAAAAUAAAUGGGUCUCACAAUGUGCCUCA